UGGGGCGCCGGGCGCUCCGUUCCUAUUGGGCAGCGGCGGGCGGUCCCCAGCGCGCACCCGGGCCAGGCUGCCCCUCCAGGGAGCAGCAGAACGGCCCACUCCCCAUCACGGAGGGGAGCACGUGGAGCGCAGUAUGUGGCGCAUCCUCCGUGGCUGCUGGCCGGGGCACCUGGGCAGCCGCGCUCUGGCCAGCGCCGCUGCCGCCACCGAGUACAGCUACGUGGUGGUGGGUGCGGGCUCAGCGGGCUGCGUGCUGGCCAGCCGGCUGUCAGAGGACCCGGCCGAGCGGGUGCUGCUGCUGGAGGCCGGGCCCAAGGACCUGCGCGCAGGGAGCAAGCGCCUCCUGUGGAAGAUCCACAUGCCCGCGGCGCUCGUAGCCAACCUGUGCGACGACAGGUACAACUGGUGCUACCACACCGAGCCGCAGGCGGGGCUGGACGGCCGCGUGCUGUACUGGCCACGUGGCCGCGUGUGGGGCGGUUCGUCGUCACUGAACGCCAUGGUGUACGUGCGCGGGCACGCCGAGGACUACGAGCGCUGGCAGCGCCAGGGUGCGCACGGCUGGGACUACCGCCACUGCUUGCCCUACUUCCGGCGCGCGCAGGGGCACGAGCUGGGUGCAGGCACCUACCGCGGCGGCGAGGGCCCGCUGCGCGUGUCCCGGGGCCACAGAGAGCACCCGCUGCACCGCGCCUUCCUGCAGGCGGCACAGCAGGCUGGCUACCCGCUCACCGAGGACAUGAACGGCUUCCAGCAGGAGGGCUUCGGCUGGAUGGACAGGACCAUCCACGAAGGCAAGCGCUGGAGCUCGGCCUGUGCCUACCUGCACCCAGCCCUGAGCCGCCCCAACCUCCAGGCUGAGGCCCACACGCUGGUGAGCAGGGUUCUGUUUGAGGGCACCCAAGCAGUGGGCGUGGAGUACCUCAAAAAUGGCCAGAGCCACAAGGUUUAUGCCAACAAGGAGGUGAUCUUGAGUGGGGGCGCCAUCAACUCUCCGCAGCUGCUCCUGCUCUCCGGUGUGGGGAAUGCAGACGAUCUCAGGAAACUGGGCAUCCCUGUGGUGUGCCACCUGCCUGGAGUUGGCCAGAACCUGCAGGACCACCUGGAGGUGUACAUCCAGCAGGCGUGCACCCAGCCCAUCACCCUCCACUCCGCCCAGAAGCCCCUGCGGAAGCUCUGCAUCGGGCUGGAGUGGCUCUGGAGAUUCACAGGGGAUGGAGCCACUGCCCACCUGGAAACGGGUGGGUUCAUCCGCAGCCAGCCCGGGGUCCCCCAUCCAGACAUACAGUUCCACUUCCUGCCUUCCCAAGUGAUUGACCAUGGGCGAACCCCCACCCAGCAGGAGGCUUACCAGGUGCAUGUGGGGACCAUGCGGGGCACGAGUGUGGGCUGGCUCAAACUGAGAAGUGCCAACCCCCAGGAGCACCCUGUGAUCCAACCCAACUACCUGUCAACAGAAACUGAUAUUGAGGACUUCCGUCAGUGUGUGAAGCUGUCCAGAGAAAUCUUUGCACAGGAAGCACUGGCUCCCUUCCGGGGCGAGGAGCUCCAGCCAGGAAGCCACGUGCAGUCAGAUAAGGAGAUAGACGCCUUCGUGCGGGCCAAAGCUGACAGUGCCUACCACCCCUCAUGCACCUGCAAGAUGGGCCAGCCCUCUGAUCCCACCGCUGUGGUGGACCCCGAGACCCGGGUCCUUGGGGUGGAGAACCUCAGGGUUGUGGACGCCUCUAUCAUGCCCAGCGUGGUCAGUGGCAACCUGAACGCCCCCACCAUCAUGAUCGCAGAGAAGGCGGCCGACAUGAUUAAGGGGCUACCUGCACUGUGGGAACAGGACGUGCCUGUCUAUAAGCCCAGGACACUGGCCACCCAGCGCUAAUGCAGCCCCUGCUGCUGCUGACCAGAGAAGCCCCGGGCAAGCCAGGAGGACUGACCGACACAGCCCUCGCUCUGGAUGCUCUUUCCUGAAACUAUCCAGGACUCCAGGACCCAGGAGACCCUACUUCAUGGCUGAGCACUAGCAGUUGUCGCAAGGCAGGUGCCCAGUUGUAGGCAGUGAGUCACAUUCACUUUCCCCAGUGCUGUCCUGUUGGCCCUGUGAGGGAGGCCAGCAUUCAGGCCAGGCCCCUGGUCCCUACCUGCUCCAGGAACAAAGGGGAUGUGGAGCUGAUAGAGGAGGAGAGAUAACAUAGGCCGCUCUCAUGGGCACAGGCCUGUGCCUACCUAGUGUCCUGCUGCCUUGGUUGCAAUGGUUCUGCAGUCCCCCUCAGGGCAGGUGCUCUACACAGGGCCCUGUGCUGUGGCAUCCAAGCUGGGUUCCCUGCACAGGGAGCUACAAGGUUUAAGCUUAAGCCAAGGAUCAUACCAGUCAGCUAGGUGCAGGCCGGCACACAGUUCCGGGGUGGGGGUGGGGGAGGGAAGCUACCAGGAGAGAGGGCACAUGGCUUCCCUUUCUCUCCCAUCUGCACUUCACUCUCAGGGUGAGGUGUGUCCAGAGCUCUGCUGGGUGACCAAGAGGCUUCCGGCCUCAACUUUGAUGCUCUGCUUCUUAUGCAAUAUGGUCUCACUGGAGCCUUCGCGCCCUUGCUCAAGGAGGGAAGCGACUUGGGCCUCAUUACCAAAGCAUUCAGAAGUUAACAUUUUAGAAGGUCUUCCUGCUACCAGGACUGGCAGAAGUCUAGAGCCAGCCCCUUGUACGAGGGCCGGGCUUCACCGUGAAGCAGAGGCCCCCGGGAGACCCUCUUGGGCCCUGGGAAGCGGCCCAACGGCUGCCGCUGCUUCUUAGGGACAGUGCUGGUAGAUUCUUCUUCUCUGCACGACUGUGGGAACAGUCCUUGUCUGUGCUGAGAGAGCGAUAAAAGCAUUUCAGUGCAACUAGGUCAGAGAACAAUAGAGUGGAGAAGAUUCAAGCUUUCAGGAGGAAAAAAGAUGCAAGUACCAUGUGCAGCAGCUCUUGGAUCUUUAAAUUCCUUGUAACUCAGUAAUGUAAUCCAGUAACUUGUUCCCUGGGGUGCCCUAUCCAUUGUUCUACCAGGGAGUAACAACUAAUGUGUCUUGGACUGAUUUUUCUCAAGAUAGCAAAGCUACCAUCUAUAGCAGGGAAGAAAACAGUUGCUACCUGGAAACCUGCCAUGCUGGGCCCAGAAAAAGGAGAAAAACUUGAGAGUUUCU